CAAAUAUCUUCAGUCAACCUUAUCUCUCUUUUCUUCCACAAACCUCCCAUCACUCAUGCGAAAUCGGCGGUGGAGAAAGCAACAAUUUUGAACCAGACCGGUGUCGCAGCGGCAUAUGGCCGGUCACCGUCACCGACUUGCAGCAGGAACAAGACCGACGUCGGCCUCUUCUGAUUUCGACAUCUACACCUGACUCUCCUUCUGUGGCCGCUUCGUGAAGAUAUUACCGACAAUCGAAAUCGGCGGUGGAGAAAGCAACGAUUUUGAAGCAAACGGGUGUCGCAGCGGCAUAUGGCCGGUCACCGUCACCGACUAGCAGCAGGAACAAGAGCCGACGUCGGCCUCUUCUGAUUUCGACAUCUACACCUGACUCUCCUUCUGUGGCCGCUUCGUGAAGAUAUUUCAUACAAUUCUUACCCAAAUUACCCUUUAUAAUAGGCAAUCUCUUCUAACCCUAAGAUGAGGUAGCAUUAGGGAUCCAAUUGGAUACUUGCUGCUUGAUACAGAUAGAACUUCUGGGGAUGGUAUUGUCGGGUGGGAAGGUCCUUCUUUUCUCCUAAUAUUGGGAAAGUGCAGCAGCUAGGAGAAGGCCUGGAGUCAUGAUAUGGCUUCAGCGGCUUUUAUUGAGGCUCCCCCGGUAUUAGAUUUCGUAGGCCAGCUUCUUGGCAAAGGUAUGCUAUCCAGACCGCUCUCUGAUUCUGACCAUGUCAAGAUUAAAAGGGCUCUUAGAGGAGUCAAAGUUGAAGUCACUCACAGAGGGAGUGUACGAAGAAAAUAUGGAAUUUUUGGAUUAACGUCGCAGCCCACAACCUUUCCAUUUGGGUCUGAUUUGGAAGUACAGCUACUCCAUCUUAAACUUAGUCAUUCUGUUUUGGCAUAAUGAAUUCAUAUAUAAUUUUGGACAAAACUUCUCUGUGGAAAAAGAAACUAAUUUGGGGCUUAUUAGAUUAGUUUUUUGUUCAUAAGUGGCAAAUUUGAAGAUGCACAUCAACUGCUGGAUGAAAUGCUUCAAAGAACAGAUUCCCAGUUGAUGACAAUGCAAAGAUGAAGUCUGUUGUUGAAUACUUUCAAGAAAUGUAUGGAUUCACUAUUCGGCUAACUCAUCUCCCUUGCCUUCAAGUAGGAAACCAAAAGAAGGCCAACUAUCUACCAAUGGAGGCAUGUAAAAUUGUUGAAGGGCGACGAUAUACAAAAAGGUUAAAUGAGAAACAGAUUACAGCUUUAUUGAAAGUUACCUGCCAGAGACCCAAGGAUCGUGAAAAUGAUAUAUUGCAGGGCUUUGGUGUGACAUCUCCAAAAUCGCGGCCAGAAAAGACCGGUUUCAUUUAUGCUUUUAAAAUAAUUUCAUAUGCAAGAGUUACAAUCUGUAUCUAUGAAACCACCAAAAACGGAGUGAGCAUAUGGGUCGUACUUCCCUUUUUGUUACUUCCUGCAGUUCCAAAUGGACCUGUUUUGUUAUACCUUUAUCAGAUUCAUAGCAUGUCCGCACACAAGGAUGAUGUGGGGAGACACCUUUCACAAUCAGAAAAACAAAUAAACUUAUGGAAUCGUAAAGAUGAUGAGCAAAAUGAUGAAAAUGGUCAUUUUUACCAAAAUCACCUAGAUGAAAAUUAG